CUUUUUCAACCUUCGAAAUUGGUCAUGCAAGACGACCCGAGUGUCCAAGGGCAGAAGGAACUCAAGGACCGCAUGCGACGGCACCACUGGAUUCCCAAGUACGAAGUCGAGUUCGGCCUGCAGGUCGUCGAGCGCCAUCCCCACACGGGCGAGGUUAUUUUGGCCGUGUGUGGCCUGUGCAAGUCGUUUGGCCGAGAAGUACGCGACAAGGACGACGACGACACGUCGUCGUCGCCGUCGGGAAACCAACGCAAGCGCCGCCGCGGUCUCACCACGACCAAGUACUUUCGAUCGUUCCGAGUGGACAACAUCCGAAGCCACUUGAGUGGCGCCCAUCCGGUGCGAUGGCAAGAGUACCAAGUGCUGGCGAAGAAUGAAGACCUGCGACGCAACUAUCUUGCCCAGUGCAACGUGAAUAUGGGACUGAUGACGUCGUUGCCGAUGAACAUGAUGGGAUUGCCAGGCGGGAUCGACGACGGCGGAGACCUCGACAGCGAGACCCAGCUCGCCAUGAACGCGAUCGUACAGCAGACUACACGCCAGGCAACCCCAAACAAGCGGCCGCCCAUGCCUGGCUCGUUCACCGGGAAGCGCCCUCCGCCGCUCGACCCCAAAACCAUCGAGAUUCAAAAGUACCAGUUGGACUGGGAACGAUUGGAGUUUGAGCGCAUGCGGUUCCACAAAGAGCUCCAUCUCAAGGAACUCGAGGAGAAGCAGAACGAGCGCAAACUGCGCCACGAAAAGGAAAUGCGCGAGAAGGACCGCGAACUCGACCUGGAGAAGGCCAAGAUCGAGCAGGAAAAGUUCAACAAGCUCGUCGACUGCCUCAACCGCGCGCUCGGUCACAUCCCGGCCACUGCCGUCGACAACGCGAUCGUGUAGCGGGUGUGCCCGUCUGCGAUAUUACCUCCAUUGUAUAUAUAUCGAUUGCAUGCAUCUCGCAUGAGCGGA